GUUCUCCUUUCCUGGCCCCAGUCUGCCUAAGAUGUGGAAGAAUGGCACAGAUGCAUCCUUCCCUUUGAGGGAAACACCAGGCUCUCUCCCUAACAACUCAGCACAUUUGCAAUGUGUGGCUGAAGCAGCAUUCCAGCACCUACUGUUACCCAUCAUUUACAGCCUGGUUUGCAUCCUGAGCCUGGCUUCAAAUGGCGUGGCCUUAUGGAGCUCUUGGGUCUACCGAGCCCAGGCCCCACCCAUCAUGAUCUUCAUCUACAACCUGAUUAUCAUUGACCUGCUCUUUGCCCUGUCGCUGCCAUCACAGGCAGUGUAUCAUGCCAGGCACAAUGACUGGCCCUUUGGAGAAGGCCUGUGCAAGGUCACCAAUGCCCUCUUCCUGGCCAACAUGUUCAGCUGCACCCUUUUCCUGGCCUGCAUCUGCCUGGAGCGUUAUGUGGCUGUCCUCCAUCCUGUCUUCUACCUGCGCCUCAAAUGGCCUCUGUAUCGUGUGCUGCUCUCCAUGGCUAUCUGGUCUUUGGUAGGGAUUGGAUUGCUGAUCUUCUUCUCCAGGAGCACCGUGACUCAUCGCUUCUCCAAUGGAAACACCGCCUGCAUGGAAAACUUCCCAGCCCAAGUUUGGAGUGGAAGUCUGGCAGCCAUGGUCCUAUCUUCCUCAGCCCUGGGCUUCUUCCUGCCCUUCCUUACUAUCAUUACCUGUUCCAUUGUGAUUGCCCACCGAAUUAUGAAUCUGGGCCAUGGGACAAUGCAGGCGUCUUCAUUGCGUAGGCAUUCCCUUCAAACCCUCUUGAUGGUGACGAGCCUGCUCACCUUCUGUUUCCUCCCUUUUCAUAUCAUCCAUGUACUACAUACCCUGGGACGUAUUGGCAUUCUUUCGGCUCCAGGAUUGCUGCAUUUCACUUGCUCAGCCCAGCGUGCAGCUAUGGCCCUUGCUAGUAUCAACAGUGCUCUUGACCCCUUGGUAUACUAUUUUAACAUGAAGCCUGCAGUUUGGAAGCUACCAUGCUGUGGCUCAGUCAGUCAAAAUCUUAUGGAGCCAGGUGAGAUUGCUGAUAGCACAGGGGAGCGCCCUAGAAGGAGCAUAAUUCUUAGAGACUGAACUUUGUCUAUGGCUUCUUUCUGACAUCUAGGUGAAAGCGGAAUCAGGAUAUUAUUGUAACCUAAGUUACAGUAUAUGCUCCUCUUUGGCAGAGAGACAGACUGAGAGAAAAAGGGAGAGAGAAAUUUUAUCCAUGAGUUAUUGGUUUAAUGCUUGCCUUGACUGGCAUAAUGCAUCAUUAGC